AAUGCAGCUGAAUAGUGCUAGUCCAUCGGCGCAUGCGCAAUAAAGUAGCCAUGCGUGAACCCGCAGGUGUGAUAGUUCAGUGCGCAUGAUUUGUGGCUUGCAUGCAUGCAAUGAUGAAUGAUUCAUGUCCUCUCUAUGAUGGCAGUUAUAGCCAAGACUCUCUCCUUAUUGUGUCACCAGGGACAAGCAGUAAGCAAGACUCACAAACUAGCAUCAGGGGUGCAUGCACUCCUGCUAGCAUAGCUAACAACAAGCAAGACUCUCUCCUCAUUGUGUCUCCAGAACUCGAAACAAGCAUAGUGCAAGACUCUCUCCUCAUUGUGUCUCCAGAACUAGAACUCGAAACAAGCAUAGCGCAGGACUCUCUCCUUAUUGUGUCUCCAGAACUCGAAACAAGCAUAGCGCAAGACUCUCUCCUCAUUGUGUCUCCAGAACUCGAAACAAGCAUAGCGCAAGACUCCCUCCUCUUUGUGUCACCAGAACUCGAAACAAGCAUAGCGCAAGACUCCCUUCUUAUUGUGUCUCCAGAGACAAGCAUGACUACCAACACGCAAAACUCUCUGCUCUUAUCUCCUGUUGUAGACAGCAGCCAAGAGUUGUUUGUGUCCUCCAGCUUCACUAACUGUGAUGCUGACUCCGAACUACUCGAACUCAUGGAUUUUGAUCCCCAAUUUGAAGCUCCUUUGAAUUCAACACCUGUCAAGAAGCGAAGGACAGAAGAUCCUUUGGAAUAUGAGAGUGAAUCUCCUGUAAGCUCUCAUCGGUUUCAAUGUUGUGGAAGGGUGUGUAUUGCUGCAUUUACUCAGCAGGAAGUACAGAAAGUUAGAGGUAUCUUUAACAAAAAGAGAAGAGCUGACCAGAAACAGUUUCUGUUUGAUACCUCAUUGAUAUUUAUUCCCUCGUCAAGCAGACAAUCAUCGAGCUCAAGCAAGCUUACGAUGAUGCUCGAAGGAAAGCAUGUAUGCAAGAACGCCUUCUUGAAUAUUCUUGGAAUUUCAAACAAGAGAUUCAAAACAGUAACCGAACAAUUCUCAAAUGGCAUUCACAAAGCCACUAGAAAACCCCACGUGAGAGCCGAGGCCUCAAAAAUGUCUGAAGCCAAGACUUGGAUGAGGCAAUACUUUAAUCUCAUUGGAGAUCAGAUGCCUAACAUCGAUCGUGUACACCUUCCUCAUUUCCUCACUAAGUACGAUGUGUACGUCAGGAUGAAGAGGGAGCUCAUGGCUGGAGGAAUCCCAGAAGAUGCUGUUGUGAAAGUUUCUACCUUUUACCGCUUUUGGAAAGAAGAUUUUUCGAAGGUGCUCAUUCCCAGUCAAAGCGCUUUCAGCAAGUGUGAUAUUUGCACUAAGUUUGACCAGGAAAGAAUGAAGAGUGGAUGGAGGUGUAGAUUUAAGGAGGAGUAUGAUCAACAUCUACAGAUUGUUCAGCAAGAAAGGCGGAAGUAUUAUGGUCAUCGGGAAAAAUCUAGAACAAAUCCACAACACAGUGUUACCAUCAUCAUUGAUGGCAUGGAUCAGCACAAGACCAAUCUUCCUCGCCUCGCAAAGAUCCCAAAGUCUGUGCAGGGAUUGCUUCCUCUCAGAACACACGUCACUGGAGUGCUAGUACACACCCGGGCACCUCAUGGAAAGUUAGCUCACGUCUACAUUGACAUGCUGCAAUUCCCUCAUGACUGCAAUGUUACGAUUCAUGUGCUGCUCAAAUCCUUGAUUGCUCUAGAUCAUCUCCCACCAGUUCUCAACAUCCAACUGGACAAUACAGCAAAAGAAAACAAAAACAAGUUCUUCCUGGGGUUUUGUGCAUUGUUGGUAGAACGGAAGAUAUUCACUAAGGUGCGGGUAAACUUCCUACCUGUUGGUCAUACUCAUGAGGACAUUGACCAGCUUUUCUCAAGGAUAUCUAAGCAGCUCACUCUAAAAGGAGCUGAAUCUUUACCAGAUCUCCAAAAGCAGAUUACACAGUCAAGCACACCUACCCCAACGGUUGAGGUACUCAAUACUGUUUCUGAUGUGAGGUCGUGGCUGGAACCUUGUAUUGACGGACUAAAUGGUCACUCUCUUCCACAUUGCUUCAAAUUCUUUUUAGAAGAUGGGAAAGCUGUGAUGUAUUUUCGGCAUUGGAGCAGUGAUGCUUGGUGCAAUGCUGAUGUAGCAGUGAAACUACUUCUGGAGAUUCCAUGUGGCAUUCCAAAUAGAGUUCACCUGUCUGACAACAAGAUAGACCUGCCACGUCUACACAUAGAUAUUCCAAAGUUUUAUUCUUGGAUCUCUGAUGAUGCUCGUAUUUGGUGGGAGCAAUUUGAUAUGGACGCUGUCUACUCUGAUGAUGAAUUUGGAAUUACCCCCUGGCCCUUGCUACAUCUCCAAGAAGUUCGUCAACUGGCCCAACUCCCAGCCUCAGGAUCAGCAGAUAUGAGCUGUGAUGCGCCUCAGAAUACCCAGCUUCAAGCUCUAUUUGCUGCAGAGAAUGAAGAGUGCAAUGUGUACACUGGGGCCUACCGAAAGCAAUCACGGACAGACGUUAGGGAGGUGCAGGAUUUAGCAGGUCUCAAGAUUGAUCAGUUGCUGGCAGUCAGAAGCUGUCCAAGCAGUAACAUCGAGCCAUGGAUUGCUCAACUUCGAUCAAUCUCAGAUUCAGAGGUAGGAGUUGUCUGGAUGGAAGGGAAGUACAACAGCAAAUGGAAAGUGGCAAGAAGACAGGAUCCAGAAAACAAGAGGAAGCGAAUUGAGUGGGAAGAUUCAGUCACGAAAUCCUCAAUACUCUUGUACGAUUUCCAGUUGACGUCCACCGGUCAUCUACGUAAAAAGACAAUAGAACAUUUAAAGAGUGUAUACCAAGAGCUAAAGCAAAGUAACACCUAAUGUUGUGUAUAUUUCA